CGUAAACUUAUUGACCUUCAUAUAGCGAAUUUUCUAAUUUCUUUAUGACGAGGGGCUAAUAAAUGUGGAAUAUGGAGAUUUAUCUGAUGCGUUUCAUCGUCUUUCUUGUAUUUGUUGAAUUUACAACUUCAGUUGUAGACCCGGAUGUCUACUAUUCUUUUGAUACCGGCUGUACUCCAUGUUCGUUAUGUGCUGAAGCAGACAUACCGGAGAAUAAUGAUGACUACAAGCUGACUGGAGGAUGCACUGUCAUGAAUGGAAAGGAUUACAGGACGGAAGGAAUGGUCGGUAAAGCUUUAAUAAUAGAAUAUGAACAGAUGGACAUCACUUUGGGAUUAGAAACUUGUAUAACCAAGUUGGAUACAGCUGAAGACAUUGGCGGAUUGCCAAUAAAAGAAUGUGUAGGGUUCACACUUAGUUUCUGGAUCAAACUUUCAUCUUUCAAAGACGGAGAAACCGAAGAAUUUAUUUUUCAAACAGCGCGUGAUAACAAGGGACCUACUACAAUAGGUGUCCUAAUCUCCGUUGAUAAUUCAGGAAAGCUAACGGUGCAGGUACAGACUCGUGGAGUAUUUCACGAACUUGAAGUGGAAAACAAAUUGAACUUCGAAGAAUGGACUCAUUUGAUUUUGGUUUGGGAAGAGAACGAACUCUUGGAGCUUUAUUUCAAUGCUACUAAGGAAACUGGGGUUGACAAGAAAUAUGACGUUCCAAAAAGCAGUUUACGACAUGAUAUUGUGAUCGGUGGAGAAUCCUUGAACAUGACAAUCGAUGAGUUGAAGAUUUGGAAUAACCAAUUUUCUUACGCUAAAGUAAUUGAAAUCUUCAGAGAAGCGAGUAUUGAUCCAUCUGACUUCACCACACCUCAAGCAACCACGCAAGUGGAUACGACUACGGAUACAGUCACUCAGGCAGUAACUACGAUGAUGUUAUCAACAACUACGUCACGUGUGAAUAUAACUACACCGCCUCUGUACCUUGAAAGCCCGAUACCAAGUUUAGAAGACGUUUCAGAAGAGUUAUACAGAACUCAAAUAGAGAAUGAACAAAAAGACUUCACAGACCAAGAGACUUUGGAAGAAAGUUCCGAAAAAGUCAUUCAGAUUAGUUCGGAACUGGCUGAAAAGAUUGAAGAGGAUGACGUCAAGAUGGAGUCGGAAAUCGCGGCCUCUUAUAUCUCGGCCGUUUCAGAGACAACAAACACGUUAGUUGCGACCAAGAACGCGGAAACUUGGAAGGAAGUCCCGGAGAACACGAAGAAAUUAAAUGAAAUCAUAGAGAAUGCCGAUUCAGCUACUGAAGUCAUUGUACGAUCAUUCACGCCCGCGAAUGUCACAUCUAUACAAGUUAUUCAGACCUUGAGUAUGUCUAUCAUCGUCGUUCCUUCAAAAACAGAGACACCCGUUUCCGUAUCGCCUACUCAGAAUGUCGAAGUCGGUCUUUCAGAAUCAACUGUGACGUCACUAUCCCAGAACACACCUGUAGUUGUUGCAGCCACUGUACAUUCCGGCGCCAGUGAUUGCUACAAUGAUAUUCCUCCUACGGAUGUUGACAUCAUCGAUCAAGAAGAUCCGGUUGAAAAUCCUGAAUUCGGAUUGCGUCCUACAUUCGAUAGUACAAAGCCUUUGCAGAUUAUCACUGAGAUUGUCAGCGUCAACAUUAAACCGAAGUUAAAGACUGGAGAACUUAUUACACUGAGCUUCGUGCAUAUAAUGAAUAUAAGUCUCGAGAACGAGUUUAACCUAUUCUGCGCUUACAUCAAUAAAACGACCGCAAAAUGGACGAAUCACGACUGCAAGAUUAUAGAAACGAACAACACUCACACCACAUUCGUGUCUCCCCAUCUUACCAACUUUGCUAUACUUAUGCAAGUGGUCGAUUUUGAGAUUCCGGAAAACCAUUUGAAAAAUCUGAGUUUGAUAACUUACAUCGGAUGUUCUAUUUCAAUAUUCUGUCUCGUAUUAUCGCUGUGUGUAUUUGCUCUCGUCAAAAAUGCAUUCGAAGAAUCAGGUAAUAUUCGAGGACACAGGACAGAGCGCUACCAUCUCCAUGCAAACCUUGCUCUUUCGAUGUUGCUCGGUCAAGUGACUUUCUUGGUUGGCGCUGAUAAUCCUCCAGGAACGGAUUCCUGCAAAGCUACAGCAAUACUUUUACAUUUCUUCUAUAUGAGUGCGUUUAGCUGGAUGUUGGUGGAAGGACUUCAUUUAUACAAUCUCGUCGUGAAGGUUUUCAGAAGCGCACAGAGUAGAUUGGGAUACUAUUACAUGAUAGGAUGGGGAACGCCUCUACUUAUAUGUACAAUUUCAGUAGCUGCGGCAUUCAGCGGAUACGGAGAAAAUAAAAAUUGCUGGUUGGACAUCAACAAUACAAGGGUUAUUUGGGCGUUUGCUGGACCUGCAUUAUUUGUCAUACUGGUCAACACAAUCAUUCUCAUUAAAGUUACUCGAGUUAUUACAACACUCGCAAAAUCAAAAGAUAAUUGUCUCAGCUGCAUGACAGAUAAAGCAACAGUGGUUGUCUGUGCAAAGGGAAUCGCAGUCUUAAUGCCAAUUCUGGGAGUUACUUGGGUGUUUGGAGUCUUUGCUGUCAACGAAGAUACGAUCAUAUUUCAAUACUUAUUUGCAAUCUUCAAUUCUCUUCAAGGAUUUUUCUUAUUCAUGUUUCAUUGCAUCUUUAAUUCAGAGACUAGGGCAUCAUUGAAAUAUCGGACAAAAUCUUUCCGUAGUGACUUACAAAGUCGCUCAGCUUCUCAUUCAAGGAGUCGUCGACAAACAAAGGUGGAAUUAGUGAGGAAUGCAGAACAAGUAAAUCCGGCUAAAGGAGGCGAAGGCAACUCGAACAGCUUUCGAAACCCAGCACACACCCAAGUCACACCUCUUGGUUCACCGACAUCUCAUCGACAAGCUUCUACUUCCAGCAAUAACACAUCCACCAGAUCUGCCAAAAGAAACGGAUUUAAACAGUUUAAUAAUACUGAAAGAGGAAACGUUGGUUCAAGACCAGCCAGUGGCAACUCUGACAAUUUCCCUAGUAGAAGAGUCACAAAAGCUUGGUGAAAAUUUACCGCUAUCAUCAUUCUCCCUGCACUCUCGGUUUUAUGGCCCAGAAUAGGGUUGUGCAACCUUUAAUACAGGCGGCCCAGAUAUAAAGAACUAGGCAAACCCGCGGGCUUUCUAGUAGUUACAGGCACAAAUGUUUUCAAGCCAGCUGUUAGGGCAAUAUAACGUCCUAUGCCUCAGGUAUAGGCUUUGCAACUCAAAGGUAUUGGAAUUACUCGCGCGUACAAGAUUGAACAAAAUUGAAAACUCGUUUUCCUGCCCGCACACCAUUCAAAAUUGGCACCUCUCUGUGGGCUUCACAACUUUUCCUUGUGGGUCGCAUUUGGCCUGCAGCCGCAA